GAACAGCAUUGGACUCUGGCUGUGGGUAAUAAUAAAUAAACUCAGUACUACAUUAUGUAUUGAUACCAUCUGGAAAAGAGUGGGUAUUACUACUUUAAAUAAUAUCGUCUGAAAGGCCUCUUAUCAUUGUGAGGCGGAACUGUUGUGCUGGGAUUAGAGGGGAAGGAUUUUCCGGUCGGACUUGGUUGUUGUUACAUUUGUCAGAAGAGGAACUGCUCCGGUGGAGGGAUGAGUCUCUCCCCUGUGAUUGGCACAGAAGUGCCAGAAACAGCUAACGGGGUUGUGAUACCCGUUGUUUCAGAGAACGGCCCUCAUGUCUCUGUGAAGUGUGGAGGAAGCAGGGCACCCUGUUCUGGGGAGGGAUCAGAGGACGGCUCCCUCGGACAAACAGAGAACACUUUAAAUGUGGAAAACAGAGUUUACGAUGGUGACGGUCACCUGGAUACAGAGAAGGUCAUUAACGAGAGAACCUCUAGUUUAUCAUUGCACACAGACCCCUCUGUCUCCACUGACACAUGCACAGGAUACUCAGAAUCGGUAUCCAUUGUCAGAGACAUUCCUGAGGCCUCCAGCACUGCAGAGCCUCCUGGUGCAGCUCUGCUGUGGGACUCAGCACAGACCAAAGAUUCAUCUCAGCGAGAAGACCUCAUCUCCUUGGACAGACAGCUGACAGAGGCAGAGACUGUGGACGGAAGCACUGACAGCCGAGAUGAGGAGGAAGAUGGAGAGAUGGAGAAACAGGAUGAGGAGGAGGAUGAGAAGAAUGAAAAGAAGUGGAGGAAUCCGUAUGCAGGGAGAAAACACUCUUCACAACACUACUCGUCCUCUGCUCCCGGGCCUAGCACCGCCUCCUCUUCCUGUCUCCCACCUCCUAUUCUUCCCUCAGAUGAUGGACCCUGUCCGCCCCAUGUCAUGGCCCAGGUGUGGGUUCGCAACGUCCGGGGGAUGCAGGAUAGCAAGAGCCUGGAUGAAAUUAGCCAAGCAUUUGGAGGCAGUUUGGGGGCCCGGGGAGGGGGCAGAAGUGGCCAAUCAGAGGGUCGCCGGGCUACGAUCUCCUCAGCUCUGGAGCUAGAGGGGACGGUCAGCCAGGAUGGAGACCUAACUAACUUCAUCACUAAGAACCUGGAGCAGAAGAUCAAGAUGAGCUCCAAGCCAAGUCUGGACUGCAGUGACUCGGACUGUUCUGGGCCAAUCUACCGAAGCCGGGGGUUGUCACGGAGACCAGCAGAUAUCCCACCCAUUGAUCCCACUGUCCUAUUGGACCUUCAGAGACACACACAGGAAGUGGCGCACAGUGUGGAGAUGAUGAUGCGCAGCCUCAAUGGAACCAUCCAGAACAUGACAGCUCUGAGUGUGGGCUACAUCCAGACCUACAGAGACUCCGUUGAUAGCCUGGGAGAGUCUGUGGACAUGAGUAUAAAGGGUAUGUACACACUGAUGGCUCGCUGCGAGGAGCUGGAUCGUUCCAUGCAGCCUAUACACACCCUGGCCGCGCAGAUCCGGGACAUCAAACGCACACUGGACGCUCUGGAGACGAUUUGCAAGUAACCCGCACGUCUGGGUUGAAAACACAUCCCAGCUGCAAAGAUCCAUCAUCAAACACAUCCUGAACAAGGCUGUCUGCAAGUCACUCCGCCCAUCUGCAGGUACCACACACAUACUGCGGUGAAGAUUAAGUGCACCACUGGAGUCCUUGAGCCACUGUUACCAGGCAUGCUGGAUGAUUGGCGCUCAUAGUCCCUCCGCUUGUUCAUUGUUCCAGGUGGCCAUGUUUGUGUUGUGCGAUCUCAAAUGAAUCGCACCUGAUUUGCUCUCGGGUCUGAGCUUUAUUCCCCAUUUUUUUUAAAGCAACCUCACUUCCUCAGAUAAAAUCUCGAAGAUUAACCAUUUUUGGAGACACUUGGCCAAGUGCCCUGAAAACACAUACCCACACAAAGGUGUGGGAGUAGACGCCCACUGUUCCCACUCUACAGCAGGAAGUGUGUUGUUAUCCGUCCAGCCCGAUUGGUUCAGAUUGCACUAUCCUCUCCUCUCCACAUGGGGGCGAUGUUCCCCUCUUGGUGUCUGUCUUGUGCUAUGAAGAUGGACCGGUACAAUCUGCUCAGAAGACAGUGACUUUUGCACAGGAACAGAAAGUCAGUUUUUUAAUCUUAUGCAACAAAGAUUAGAUUCUUUCAUUGGGGAAUAAAUGAAUUGAGCGACGCAUCACAUCUUUCUGUCGGUCUGUCUGCCUUUUUCUUUUUUUUUUAAUUUAUUCUGUUUUCAAGUGCAUGCUUUUCCCCAAAAUAAAACAGUGCCUCUGUUUAUCACUGACCGGCUCUGCUAGAUUUUUCCACUGGUGGCCACUGAGCAGCUCCACUGGAGCAUUUGGGGUUUAACUGCUGCUUGAGGCUGUUUGUCAGGAGUAAUGAGACAGAGAGUGAGACUGAGAGCUUUUCCCCCUCAGAUUCUCUCAGACUGUCCAUCAAUUCAACAAAAAAAACACCAUUGAAAUUACACAGCUGCUUCUCUAAUUUGUUUGGUUAGCACCAUGAAUCAUUUGGGCUGAAAUCUCACUUCAUUGUCAGUGCAAUCUAAGAAUUUAUUUGAGACCCUAACCAGAAAAAUAUCUUCUCACAGUGGCUUAAAAUAUUUGAAAGCUUCACAUACUCAUUAUUUGACUUCUAGAUGAAUUCUUAAAGUGUAAACACUUUCAUAAAGUGUAAACACUUUAUGAAUUGAGUCAAUUAAAAAAAAAAAAAAAAAAAAUGCAUUCAGGCUGCUGCACACUAGAGGAUAAUCAGGCUGGUUUUAGACCCGAUCUGCACCUUCAGACAAUCGUGGUGGCGUUCCCGACUGGAAGUCACUCUGUGCCGAUUAUCUGCCCAAAUAAUCCUGAAGUAUGGGGGGUUUAUAAAAUAUCUUAAUGCUACCGACUGAGUCGGAGCCUCCCUGAUCUCGGAUCCGGCAGAAACCUGCCAUAGCGAGAGUCUUUUGGGCUGCAAAGCAGAAUAAACAACAUCAGUGUACCUCCAGCUUUUUUUAAGUUAGUCACGCGACGGUUCCACACUCCAGUUCAGAAGGUGUCAGUAAUGCACUUAACAGUUCUUUGCAAACCGCCAUAAAGAAAACUGAAGAAGAAGAAGAUAUUGACAGUUUCUCUGAGAUUUCAAGUCUCUGGACUCUCCACUGUGAAAUCGUUUCCAACAAAUGGCAAGUGUGUGCUCUGACGUUCUGGCCAAAUCGUCCAGUGCGUGUGUGCUUUGAAGAUUAUAAGAUUAAAAAUCUGUUUAAUCUGUCAUUAUGUCUGUGGUCUCCUACUUUUUUUUUUAAUUGGUCAAGAGUUGAAAAACAGGCCUUAGCAGAGAUCAAUUUCCAUUCAAUUCUAUUUGAUGAAUGGUUGCCGGCACAUUGCCAGCCAGUGACUGAAAUUAGCUGCUAAUUGUCAACCGUUGGUGGAUAAAAUAGUUACAACAAAAAUCAACAUUAGUUCUGCAUCGACAUGUGUAUUGAAAUUUGGGAAGUUUGUUCAUUACACUCUGCUUGCUUUAAUGUUGUCUUCUGACUACUGAACAGUCAAACAAGCGAGUUCCAGGUAUUUUUUUACUUCAAAAUGACAAAGAUGGAACAGAGGAGAGUUAAACCUUGGGGCUAUUGCUGGAUGAAGUCGGGACUCAGCCUUUGGAUCUGAACUAACGUGGACUCACUUCACAUAAAAUCAAGUUGGAAAGUGAGUAUGUAUCAAGAGUCACUGAACGUCAGCAAUGUCUCUUGCUUAACCGACUAAAGCCAUGUGCGCUCGUUGAAAAUUCUUCUUGAUUUAAUGAAGAGACUUUGGUACUUCUGUCGUUGCACUGGAAGGUAGACAUGUAGUAAAUCCUAGUACGUGUACUAGAUCUAUUUACGUGUACCUAUUACUGAUGGCAGGCAGGAUGUAAUUUGGCUUGAGUUGUGUUAAAGGUGUUGUGUGAUAGCUUCCUUUUAUGGAACACUUCAGAACUUUUGAAUAUUUACAAAAUGGUGCAAUAGAGCAGGAAGUGUAAGUACGUUUUAUUCCUGGCCAUAAUUCUGAUGCCUAAAUCUACUAUAAAAUGAACAUCUUUUCAAAUGGACAAAUUUGGAAGUGGAGCUCUUAGCAGCAGCAUCAUCGAAAGUGUUUCUACAUGCAGCUCUGCACCUUUUUAAUGUGUGUUCACUACUGUGGGUAGAGAUCAUGUUGUAGGCUACACAGGAAGCUCAGAUUGCAUGAAGUGUAACAUUUCCUCAAAGUCGUUGGCAACAUUUGGUGAGAAUUGUCAGGGGAGAAUUGAAAGAGAGGGGGAAGCAUCGUUAAAAAGCUCAUAUUAAAGUUUAUAAUCGCCCUGGUUCCCUGGAUGAUAUUGAAAUUAACUCACACACGUCCAAGGCUGUAAGGAUGAACUGAUCUUUUUCAGAUGAAGGUAAAACUGUUGAAAUUUAAGCAUCUUGGAAGAAAGGCAGCAUCAACAUGGGAGAUGAAAGGAAAUGUCACUUUCCAGUUCACAAUAUAUAUAUACAUGUAUGGUUCAUGGAUUUUCUGUUGUACAAUCAGACACACCCUUGUACAUAUGAUCUCUUUCUGUAACUAUAAAUGAUUUAGAUACCCUUCGUCUUGAGUGUAUAUUUUAAUGAAAAAUAACAAAUAAAUUUACAUGAGCUGCAAAAACAAA